AUGCCUACGACCCUCAACACAUAUGAGCAGAUCUACGCCCUGUCCACCGCCUCUAAUGGCGCCGGGGGUCUUAAUGGCACGCAAACUAAGCUCCAACAGUCGCUCCAAACCGCUUUCGCCGAGACAGUUAGUCCAGGCUCGGCAUUGAGUUCAUGGACGAUUGAAUGGGGUCCCCGGGUCUGGAAGGUCAACCCAGAUGACACCACUACAGGACCUGACAAUGUCUGGUUCGCUGCCGUCUGUCCCCAGCUGGCUUUCGCUGAUGGCAACUUCGACACAUGCGUCGUCGCCAUAGCUGGCACAGCAACUGCCGGCGAGUGUCUAAAUUACGACUGGAAAACUGAAGACUUCGGCGUUAAUCAGAUCCAGGACUUCAAUGAAUGGGUGGAUUCUUGGACGGCCACAUCUAGCUCCAAACCAAGGCCUGUCGCAACCCGCCACAAGAGUUCGUCGGCGCUCUAUUGUUCUGUCGGCACCGAGACGGGUGUCUACAACAUCCUCAACAAUACAGCAUCAACUGGAUAUCCGGGUAGUGAUGCAACCAUUGUCGAGUUCCUCCAGAGCCUUACGUCCAACUACAGAAUCAUUUUCACCGGCCACAGCCUUGGCGGUGCCUUGUCACCAACUCUUGCACUCGGCCUCAGUCUUGUCAAGUCUCGGUUAUUGCCUAACAAUCCUGAAAUAUUAACAUUUCCAACCGCAGGUGCUAGCCCCGGUAAUGCCAAAUUCGCCGAGACUUAUAACCAUGCAUUCAAGCCCAGGCUCGAUGAGGGCGGCUACCAGGUAUUCAACGGCGACUUGUUCAACACCUACGACAUUGUCCCACAGACCUGGUGCACUAACAAGUCCAUCUCUCCCGACCGUAAUAUCCACAACAUCCAGUCCAUUUAUGGCACACUCCCAGUAAUAUUCGGUGCUGAGGUUGCUUUUGCCAUUAGCUUAGGUGUCGAGAGAGCCGAGGCUUCAGAGAUUACCUAUGAGCCCAUCCAGGGCCGCAUUUUCACCGGCCCUCGCCCUACCUCCGUGCCCCAGAAUAAAACUCAGCUCGUGAUUGAGGCUAUUAAGCAGCACACAACUGCCUACUACGACUAUGUCGACCCGGCUGGGACCAUUACGAACAUCCACCGCAGUAUCUACGCCCACGCAUCUAAGCAAGAAGGUAUCAACAAGCAGACUGUGGACCAAGUGGCGAACGCGUUCCCGGUGCUGCGCAAACUCAGGUCGGAUGAGAGAGGUGCGGACCAUAAUGGCAGCGCUUUGUAUCCUUAUGACGAAAUUUUCGGGCCAAAAUGA